CACGCACAUAUCCAUUGAAAUGAAAUUCAAUUUGAUUCACGUAGUACCCAUCAAAGUACUUUCAGUCUUAAGUAUCGCGUUUACACAAAAUAACAUUCUAGACGACAGUCUCAGAAGCAGUCUCAUUCAUUUUGUGCUCUAAACAAUUUCGGUUAAUCAAUCCGCAUAAUAUCCGCGUUUCUGACAAACAAAAACAAAAAAGUGUCCCAGACAAAGGAAGAUUCCUAAGCGGUCGCAUGUACUGGGAAUCGGCCGGAUCGUGAGUUUCGCGUUUAUUUUUUGGUCGCGUGUGAGAUUUGUGUUGGUGCUAAAGGUGUGUUGUUUUGUAUGUGCUAGAAGUGUAAAGUGAAUUUUAUUAUUUUUCAAAAUUCUGCAAUUUAAUUUGUUCCAAAAUGAGGAUACACAUAUCGCUGGUCAUCAUUCUGAUCCUGGGAACGAUAGUCACCGGAGAGAAUAACAACAAUUCAGAGUCGAAAACCAGUUCAAUAUUACAAAGCAGUUCGGUUGCACCAGUGUCGACGAGUCAUAGUACGCCACGGGAUGAAAUAUACAUUGAUGAUGAAGGCCUCGAAGGUUCUGGUGGACGAGGAGAGAUUCACGACGAUCUAGAAAAAGAACCCGAAUAUUCCGGUUCUGGAUUCGGACCAGACGAUGAAGAUUCGUCCAGCAGUCAUCACACGCCGCAUCACAAUACAAAUACAAACAAUCGCAAAGACCAAACCGAUUUGGAAUUAGGUUCAGGUGAUAAUGGCGACGAUGAGGAUGAUUUUACAACUGAUGUUAAACACACAGACAUUGAUCCAACAACUACAGACGAUGAAGACGUAGACAUCGGUGAACCAAACAUUGGAACUGAAAGAAAAACAAAUACCGGUCUAUCGCCGAGUCGAGACGAGAACGAAAUCGAUUUGGAUCCCGAUCACACAAGGCACGGUCAGCCAACAGAAAAGGUGUCCGGAACCGGUCAAGAUAACCAAGAAGUGCUCAUCAUGAACACAAAGAGCGAAGAUCGGACAGCUAGCUUCUUUGCACAGCCGGGAAUAUUGGCGGCUGUCAUCGGCGGAGCUGUCGUCGGACUAUUAUGUGCAAUUUUAGUGGUAAUGUUCAUCGUAUAUCGAAUGCGAAAAAAAGACGAAGGUUCGUACGCAUUGGAUGAACCGAAACGAUCACCUGCCGUCAAUUCCUAUGCAAAAAAUGCAAAUAAUCGUGAAUUUUAUGCCUGAGAUGAUUAUUCAAUAGAUUCUAGCGAAGGUGAUUUGUAAUUUGUAAUAGGGAGAAAAACAAAAAAAAAACGACGAAUGAAUUAACACAAAACAAUACGACAACUAGACAAAAAAAUGGUUAGAAUCGAUGAUUAAAAACAAGGAGAGAAAAGUUUAAAAUUGAGAAUGGAGCUAGAGAUAGCGGGUGAGAGAGAAAAUUAUGGAAAGAAAAUCUUAGCGAGGAGUAAAAAGGCAAUGCUAUUAAAAAUAACAAAUUUGAUAUUGUUGUUGUAGGAUUUAAUAAACAAAACAAAAAAAAAAUCUCUUGAAUGUCAUUAUGUACUAAUUCACACAUUUAUGUACAAUCAUCCAUCAUAAAAAAAAAAUGGAGAAGCGCGAAUACUUUGUUAUUUGAAGUAUGUAAAACAAUUUUCUAACAUUAAAAAAAAGGAAACAAAAAAAAAUAUUGAAUAAUUUACUCAGAUGUCAUAACACUUUUGCUAGCAACAAUAUAAAUUUGUUAUGAAAAUCUAUAUUUUAAGUAAAACAGAAAAUUUAUUCUAUAGAAAUUGUGUAGAUAAAAUGCUAUACUAAAAUAUUAUUGAUUGAUAUAAAAGGCAGCAACUGAAGGCAACAAACGAAUAAAUUAUAAAUGAAAAGAAAAAAGAUUUUUUUUUUGAAACUUUGGCGGCUUUUUACAAAUUUUUAUUUUUUUAAGAUUACGGCUCGAAAUCCCUUUUUUGUUUCGACUAAAAAAUGUUUUGUUUUUGGUUGUUUGAUUCUAAAGCCAUUAUUUGAUUGGAUUGUGAGAUUUUCUUUUGUUUCUUACUUCCGGUUUUAGUUUAAAAAUUUUAUAGAAAAUUUAUCGUCAGUCGAUCGGUUUGCAUUUACAUUUUGUCCAGUUUUUAUUUCUCGUUAGAAUUUUAUUUACUUUAAGCAAUAAUUUAUGUGUAAAAGAGAGCGCUGAAACAAAGCUAAAAUCAAAUUAAUUUAAAUCUCAAUGUGUGGUCAUUGGUCAUCUAAAUCAAUUUAUUUUUCGUUAGAAAGAGAAAAGAUUAAAAAUUUUUAUUUUUUUCUUAAAUUUAGAAAUUAAAAGCCACGCAACGCCAUUUUAAGUUAUUAAUUUUGAUCGAAAUGACAGAAUUUCUUGACUCACAAAUCCGAUACAAAAAACAAAUUAAUUUCAAAAUUAAAUAAAUUUUUAACAAUUUCGCAGUGGAUUAAUUCCAACGAUCGUAAAAUCGCAUUUAAAAGAAAAAAACAGAAUUUCUGUUUUUACGAUGCUUUAAUGACUUCGCAUUAAACGGCAGUUAUCUACUAAGAAUUAUAUGGACAAAAAAGCGAUGAGGAUGCACGAAGAGCUUUCAUUACUUUUUUUUUAACACACGGUGUUAGGAACAAAUUGAUAAUCAAAAAAAAAACUAAGAAAAAAAUUGAAUUUUUAGGUGUUAUCGCUAGUCGUGAACUGAAUUGACAUUUUAACUUUAAAUGUUUCAUUCAGAAUGGAUGUUAGAAUACAAAAAGAGGAUACAAUUUUGCGCUCUACUUUUUUUUU